CUUUCAAUUCCUCUCUCUCUCUCUCUCUCUCUCUCUCAAGUCUUAACCAACAACCGCAAAAACCACCUCCAAGCACUCUCUUCUCUCUCUACUACCUUCUCUAGUGCUCGCGCUUUCGUUCUGGCUCUCUUCCUCCAUGAAAUAUAAAUGGGAAAGUAUAUGAGGAAGGUUAAAACGACAGGCGAGGUUGCCGUUAUGGACCUCUCCCUUGGUGUCCGUACCCGCGCCAAAACCCUAGCCCUUCAACGCCAAGCCAGAGUGCCUGCGUCUCCGCCUCAACCACCUCCUGUUCCCUCCCAGUCUCCUCUGCCGGUUUCCUCCUCUGGGUAUCUCCAGCUCCGUAGCCGCCGCCUCGUCAAGCUACCGAUUAUUGUACAUGAUUCCAAGCGGCAAAAACAUGGCCACAAUAUAGAGGCGCAAAACCCUAACAACUCCAAUUCAAUGGCGGGUUCGAGGGUGCAGGUGGGCUCAACGGAUUCCGGAGCUAAUGGGUCGGGUCAAAAGAGAGAAGUGAAUAGAGAAAAUAAAGAAGAGGAGAUUCAAGAGGAGCCCAGCGAAGACGAUCAUAACAACAACAACGAUAACGAUAUUAAUGAGAGCAAGGAUUUGGGUAUUGAGGCUUCGUUUGGGGAGAACGUUCUGGACAUUGAAGGUAGAGAGAGGAGCACUAGGGAAUCCACUCCAUGCAGUUUGAUAAGGGACCCAGAAACCAUAAUAACCCCUGGUUCGACUACUAGACCUGCCAGCUCAACUGAAACUAGCAGGAGAAUACAGAACUCCGUGCAUAGACACAUCCCAACUGCACAUGAAAUGGAUGAGUUCUUUGCUGGAGCUGAAGAAGAGCAGCAGAGACAAUUUAUUGAGAAGUAUAACUUUGACCCUGUUAAGGACAAGCCACUCCCUGGACGUUAUGAAUGGGAGAAACUGGAUCCUAGAAGACAUUAGUGUUCCAUCACAAGUACUUUUCCUGCCAAUUCUCAGUUGAUCUUGAGCUUAGGAAUUUUUUUGAAGUAGCAGGAAUUAGUCCUAGAAGACGUUAGUGUUCCAUCAGAAGUACUUUUCCUGUCGAUUCUCUGUUGAUCUUGAGCUUAGGAUUUUUUUGAAGUAGCUGGAAUUAGUUUAAGUUCUAAUUGUGAUGGUGUUAUUUCCAUUUUCCAUCACCCUUCUUUUACUUGUAAAGAAAGAAGUAGGAUAAGGAUUAUCAAAAAUGUGUAGACUAAUGGUCUGUAACAUAACAGGGGUUAGACUUACAUAACAAAUAGAAAUCAAAGUCCUUUGUCUAACAGAUCAUCUGAGAGGGGGAGGGAAGGAGGGUCUAGGGUUAGGCUUCAGUCAAUUAGGUCAAUAUCUGGUACAGAAAUUUUCUAGAUUUCCUUUUUUGUACUGUAUUUUCCUCCCCUUCUUUGUCUAUACUUGUACUGAUGGAACUCUUAAACGACUUUCUUGGAAUAAAAGAUGGCCCAUUUCCCCUCUUCA